AUCCCCAUCCUCUGCUCUCCUCUCCCCGCUCGCUUCACCCCCCGCGCCGCGUUCGCCAUGGCCUUCAUCUCCGUCACCGCCGCCUCCGCCGCCGCCUUUCUCCUCCUCCCCGCCGCAUCGUCCGCGGCCCGCGCUGGCUCUCCCUUGCUUCUGCAGCGGCGCCCGCUCGCGGGCCCCCUGCGCGCGGCGCAGGGGUCGAGCUCGGGGGCGGUGGUGAUGGAGAGCAAGGUCAAGGCGAAGAAGAAGAAGGGAUCCGGCGCCGGGAACCUCCCCGGAGCCAUCGACCUGGAGAUCAGGGAGGCGCAGGAGUACCUCUCCAGCGACGAGCAGGAACCUGUUCCAGAAAAUUUCCCUUUUGAAAUCCUUGAUGAAGAAGGGAUGAGUGUAGCUAUUUUGAAAAGGGACUAUAAAGACGAGAAGAUUGAGGUUAUUGUCAGCAUGCCUAAUUUAGAAGGGGGCCCUGAGUUUGACGAUGAAGAAGAGGAGGGUGAGGGCAAGAAUUCCAGCAAGGACGAUGAAGACGAAGACGAAGACGAGAGCGCUGGAGAUAGCAGUGUCUCUCUAAAGGUGACCGUCUCCAAGGAAUCUGGACCAAAACUUGAGUUCACCUGCACAGCGUUUCGUGAGGAGAUCACCAUCGAUGACAUGUUAAUAGUGGAGAACACGGCCACAGAAGGAGAGGAGAAAUUCCCCUACGAGGGCCCUGAAUUCACCGAGCUGCCAGUGAAUGUGCAGAAGGGCCUGUUCAAGUACCUGGAACAAAGGGGGAUCACUCUGCCGACCACCAACUACAUGCAUGAUUACAUGGUGACCAAGCAGACCAAGGAGUACGUUGGGUGGAUGACCAAGCUGAAGGACUUCGUCCGGCAAUGAGAAAUGGCCAAGCAAUUUGGCAGAAUUUUUGGUAGCUUAGUACUAGCGUUUCGGCAUAUGUAAAGCCCUGCUGUGUACUACUGUACUCCAAACCAAGUACACUGCCUUACCGGCAAUGUGCGAAUUCUGAUGACCAGUGGCCAGUUUUUGCCACCUAUUAUAUCAGUGCUUAUUUUAUUA